GGCAGGCAGCAUGGGCUGGAGUGCCCGGGCUCCACACUCACUAAUGUGCUCCUCGGGUGGACGCUCUUCUCCUUGUCACCAUGAGACGGAAAAACGCAUGAAGUGUGGGUCGCAGCCCUGAUAAAUGGAACCAAGCCGGUGGUGGCCAGAGGGCGGCGAGGUGCCAGGCCCGACCUUUGCUGAUGGCGAGCUCCUCCCCAGGGACCCCGGCUUCUUUCCCGAGGACGAGGAGGAGGCUAUGACACUGGCCCCACCAGAGGGCCCCCCAGAGUCAGACAUGGACAGCCCCAUGGAGAGUACCCAGAGCCUGGAGGGGUCAGUUACCGAGGAGAAGGACGGAGGGCUUGGGGCCCUCUUCCUGCCGGAGGACAAGUCCUCGGGCCACACUCCGUCCAUGACCACGUCAGACCUCUCCACACACUCCACCACCUCGCUCAUCAGCAACGAGGAGCAGUUUGAAGACUAUGGGGAGGGGGACGACGUGGACUGUGCCCCCAGCAGCCCCUGCCCCGACGACGAGACCAGGACCAACGUCUACUCGGACCUGGGAUCUUCAGUGUCUUCCAGUGCGGGGCAGACUCCUAGGAAAAUGCGGCACACCUACAACAGUGAAUUGCUGGAUGUUUACUGCUCUCAGUGUUGCAAGAAAAUCAACCUGCUGAAUGACUUGGAAGCCCGACUGAAAAACUUGAAGGCCAACAGCCCCAACCGGAAGAUCUCUAGCACAGCCUUCGGACGGCAGCUCAUGCAUAGCAGCAACUUCAGUAGCAGUGACGGCAGCACCGAGGAUCUGUUCCGGGACAGCAUUGACUCCUGUGACAACGACAUCACGGAGAAGGUGAGCUUCCUGGAAAAAAAGGUGACUGAACUGGAAAAUGACAGCCUGACCAAUGGGGACCUGAAAAGCAAGCUAAAGCAGGAAAACACGCAGCUGGUGCACAGGGUGCACGAGCUGGAGGAGAUGGUGAAAGAUCAGGAGACCAUGGCCGAGCAGGCCCUGGAGGAGGAGGCGCGGCGGCACCGUGAGGCCUACAGCAAGCUAGAGAGAGAGAAGAGCACGGAGAUCGAGCUGCUCAACACCAGGGUGCAGCAACUAGAGGAGGAAAAUGCCGAGCUCAGAACAACAGUGACCCGGCUCAAGGCGCAGACAGAGAAGCUGGAUGAGGAGCGGCAGCGCAUGUCUGACCGGCUGGAGGACACGAGCCUGCGGCUCAAGGAUGAGACGGACCUGUACAAGCGCAUGAUGGACAAGCUGCGGCAGAACCGCCUAGAGUUCCAGAGGGAACGGGAGGCGACGCAGGAGCUCAUCGAGGACUUGCGGAAGGAGCUAGAGCACCUGCAGAUGUACAAGCUGGACUGCGAGCGGCCAGGCAGGGGUCGCAGCUCGUCCUCUAGCCUGGGCGAGUUCAGCGCCAGGGCCCGCGAGGUGGAGCUGGAGCAUGAGGUCAAGCGGCUCAAGCAGGAGAAUCAUAAGCUGCGGGACCAGAAUGAUGACUUGAAUGGACAGAUCUUGAGCCUCAGCCUCUAUGAAGCAAAGAGCCUCUUUGCCACCCAGACCAAAGCCCAGUCCCUGGCUGCAGAGAUAGACACAGCCUCUCGCGAUGAGCUCAUGGAAGCCCUGAAGGAGCAGGAGGAGAUCAACUUCCGGCUGAGGCAGUACAUGGACAAGAUAAUCCUUGCCAUCCUGGACCACAACCCCUCCAUCCUUGAGAUCAAACACUGA